AUGCAGCCACGCUCACGGCAAUCCUCAUUCGGCAGCCACUCAUCUGCAAAAUCCACUGCAGCUACUCCAGCUACUCCAUCUACUCCAAUUCAACUCAACGCCCCUCCUCCAACCAGGCAAUCCGGUGGUCGCUUAUCUGGCCUAUUAAAACCGCUAACCCCGAUCUCCGGUCAAGGCAAACAAGUGUACAACCCUCCUCCUGGCGCUCCUCCUUCUCGCAGAGGUUCCGUCAACUCCACUCAACACCCCGCAGGCGCAUCGAGAUUCGCAACAACCCCUUCUGCAAUCUACUCGGCCUCUGAGUACCCCGUUUCUGCUUCCCCACGCCCAAGGUCCUACACGAGCAACCCUUACGUCAACGGCAACGGUAUCAUCCAACCAGCCUCCCCAAGAACUUCUAUUGGUCAAUUGACUCCAGCCGGUGAACGCGUUAGACGCCGCUCAAACGCUUUCCCUGGCGAUUCAACAAGUCAAAGGAAACCUUCUCUCGCUCAGGCUCAGGGUCUUGAUCCACUCAAACCACGCAAAUCUUUCUUUGGUGCGAUUCAAGGUCUUGAAGUUGAUGAGAAGCCACAAGAAGAUGCCCUCGAUGACGCUAUCAAAUCAUUCUCACUUGCUUGGGAGGACCUCUUUGGUACAAUACAAGUGGAGAACACCCUCAUCAACCAAAUCUUUGGUUGUUUAAAAGGUUUCAAAGGUGCUUUGUCUGAGAUUACAGCUAUCUUGAUGACGUCAUUCGAACGCAAAUCUAUCGUCGAUAAGGCCAAAAUUGUUGUAGCCCUCGAUCAUUUCACUGGUCUUCUCAAGAAUGCUGGUCAGUUAUUCUAUUCAAAGUACCCCCUCUCAUCACAUAUCUCCAAUCUCGACCAAUCACUCCACUCAAUCGCCCAAGAUAAAGAAUUCCACUCUCUGUUCCUUUCAGCUCUUGAGCCUUUGACCACUUUAUUGGACUUAUCGACUGACUUACGUCGUAAUCUCGUCUUUGUCCUGUUGGAUGCUCUUGCAGGUGGCAAUCAAUCCUCUCAACUGCGCUCCUCCUUCCUCGUGCUUAGAAACAUACUUCAAAUGCUCACAGGUUCGCAAAUUGCACCAGCCAUAUAUUCACUUGGAGAGUUUAUCAUUGGGUUUGAGCAAGUUUUGACCGAGGCUCCAUCUAUUAUUCGUUCAGCGAUUGCAGAGCCACUUGAGCAGAACAAGGCUGAUGUCUCAGAUUCUUUUGCCGCCCUUCUCAACUCUGCAAUUGAUUCUAAACUAAGUGGUGAACCAGCUGUUGAGACUCAUUCACUUGGUUACUCUUACAUACCAACAAACUGUACAACGAGAGUUGGUAUAAUUGCCAACCGCUUCAAACCAGUCGUGGGUGAAAAAUUGCCAUCUAACGCGUUAGCGUAUGAGUUCGGAAAGCUUUCCGAUGCUAUUAGGGGUAACUCAAGAAUAGCACGUGUCCAGCGUGCGAUUUCGAGUUUGAGACAGUAUGCUCCGUAUGGUAAGACACUUGUUGAAAUAGCCAGACAGGCCACCAAGGACUUUAUCAAUGUACAGCUCGACAAGUUUGAAGGGGAGGAUGAUGACUUUAAGUAUGUUUUCUCUAACAUCAAUUUGGUUCUAUCGACAAUGGUUCCUCAGGACUUUUCACUCGACUCUCACUCGAAUAUAUCUUUCUUGCAGAGGGAUUCAUUCAACCCAUCCACCAACGUCACCGCGGUUAUGCGUGGCUUGAAGUUCUUUGCUAAGGGACUCAACUACCAGUAUUCACAGAAGAGCAUUGUUGGGGUAUCCGAUGAAGGCACAGGGGAUCUUGAAUAUGAUGCUGAUGUGCUACUCAAAUUCACCGCUACUGGCAACUUCGAAGGGUUCGAUAUUAAGAUCAAUGAUAUUAAAUUCGAUGUGAAUGGAGGGGAAGGAAUCAAAGCGAACAUCUAUAAGACAUUCUGGCCUUAUGUGCAAGAGCGUGUGGCUAGCACGGUGAAGGAAGCGAUGGUCAAGUACAUAAAUGAGCAGCUAGAAGCAACCAAGGCGCUCUUUGACUUGAAGGCAGUAGUUGCAAAUGAUCAAUUACACAGCGACGGACCCUCAGCAGCGGCGCAGCAAUUCUUCCAAACGCCUAGACAGCGCAAGGAGUCAAUGCAAGCGAACAACUAUGUGACUACUACAAGUGGUGGUGUUUAUGUGCAGCACCCCGUCGGAGCACGUGAUGCAUUUAGGGCUGAAGUAGAGCAACACCCGGAGCUGCGUGGUGACGUACUUAAGCAGCUCGAAAACCCAUUCAGUGGUCCAUCAAGUAUGGGUGGCAGUCGUCGAAACUCUCAUGACGACCCAGCCAGUGCAGCUGCGAAAGGAGGACGCAGAAAAUCUAUGGCGGACUCACUUACGCAGACUUCAGUCGUGGAUGCUACACUGCGCGAGAACAUAACUAAGCCGCAAGUUGACCGUACCAGCCUACUUGGACCUGAGGUUGAAGGAUAUGAUAGAAUGGAUAUGGCGGACUCUUUGACUAACGCUUCAGCAAGAGACACGACCAACUAUUCUGCUAUUAGAGAACCAGUUAUCGCGCCAGAAGCUGAUGGCGAGAUGGCUCGAGAGGCAGCUAUGAGAAGAGGAUCUCGCGCGUCAAUCAAUGCAGUGGGAGAGUCAGCUACUUUAUCAGACUACCCUCUCACUGCGGGUAGCGACUUGAGACCACAUUACCACGACGAUUACCCAGCUAUGUCCAUGUCACUCAAUAAGCGCGCAUCGAUGGAUGCUACAAAACUUGAGAAUAUCACUAAACCGCCACGCGCUGAGCGUGAAGACACAGGUUUUGCCACGGCUCAAUCUAUGUCAAUGAAAGAGAGAUCUAUGUCGCUCUCCGGACAGGAAGUGAACCCUAUUGAAAAGUUCAAACCUGUUAACAGAUAUGAGUAUAUGCAGUAUGGAGAUUCGGCAAUUGACGAUGAGGAUGAGAUCGAACAUGGUGUUUUACCCGAUAGGGAGAAACCGAGGAUGAUGUCGCAAUCACUUCCUAAGGAGCUCACUGUCGAUAACACCCUCGUAGAAAAUAGAGCCAAGAUGCAGGAUGGGAAGCCUUCCGAUUUCGCUGGUUUGCCCAAUGAACAGAUGAAGGGGAGGAGAAUGUCGAAUGCGCUGAAUGACGAAGCUAAAGCAGAUGCGACUUUACGCGAAAAUAUAGCAUCACCUCCACAAUCUCGCAGCAACUCCAUGACAAGACGCAAAAGCAGACCAUCAAUGACAGGACUGACGGGAAUAAAGAGAGCGUCUAUGAGUGAGAUGUCACUAAACGAUACAGUCAAGCAGGAUGGAACGAUACUGAACCCUAAUGAGAAGGUACCGGAUGGGGAUAGACGCAGACUGUCUAGACCGGCCAACGAUGAGUAUGACGGAGAGGGUAAAGGUGGUAAAGGCACAGGAGCAUCAAUGGCGAAGCGUAGACCAUCUAUGGCUGAGAUGUUGCCUGAGGAUAUGAAGAAAGAUCAGACAUUGAUUGAGUGA